AGAAAAGUACAGACAAACACAAAUCCCCAUGAGCAAAUGAUAAAGCUUUCAUUUUUGUCAAAUCAGCCAAUCAUAUUUACAGUCCCUCAGGAAAAGCUGUCAUCCUCUUCCAAAGUUGCACUCUCUCUCUCUCUCUCUCUCUCCUGCUUGUUUUUCUUCUGGUUUCCAUCCCUGUUCAUGUUACAGCUUAUGGAGAUCAGGUAAGUUCAUACACAGCCUUCUCCUGUUCUUGCUUUCAUUUUGUUAUGUUGAAAUCUUGGCUUCUUGAUUGCUUCUCUAGCUCAACCCAGUGUUCGGUUUCUUUGUUUAAGCUUGAUUCUUCAAGUUCCAUAUCUUUCGUUCAGAUCUUGGGGUUGUUAUCCUCUCUGAAUUUUGUAGUCUGCCUUUUGGAUGGUCAAUAUCUUUUUCCUGCAUCUUUCAGUUGUGGCAGAGAAAAACCUUCGGUUGCUACAGCUCACUGAUGCCGAGAAACAUAUUGAAAGAUCGUCAACUUGCCGUCUUCAUGUAGAGUUGAUUAGUGGAAACGUCGGGAGUUCAAGAGUGCUGCCUUCCAUACAAACUAUUCUGAACAUUUUUACGGUUUGUAGAAUCAAAUGGACAGAGGUCAGGCUAUAGCAUUCUAUGCCACGAUCAGUUGCGUCGCUUUCAUUGUGUCGAAGAUCUUCAUAGCAUUGCUUCUUUACAAACGCUGGAAAAGAAGACACGUGAUUUAUGAAGACGGGAUAUCAGGUGGGACGAUGGUCAUGUUCAAAUCUGCAGGAACAAAGUCCCUAAAAUCAGAUGCAUUCCUCAAGAAAACACUAAAGCUGAACAACAAAGACAUCAUUGGCUCUGGAGGCCAUGGGACAGUUUACAAACUUACACUAAGCGACUCCACGACAUAUGCGGUGAAAAGACUGAACCGAGGAAGUGUCGAGAGAGAUCAAGGAUUUGAACGAGAAUUGGAAGCGAUGGGCGACAUAAAGCACCGGAAUAUCGUAACACUUCAUGGAUACUACACUGCCCCUCACUAUAAUCUCCUUAUAUAUGAGCUAAUGCCAAAUGGAAGUUUGUAUGCGUACCUACAUGGAAGAUCAAAUGAGAAGAUUUUGGAUUGGCCAUCGCGAUAUAAAAUAGCAGUAGGUGCAGCGAGAGGCAUAUCGUACCUUCAUCAUGACUGCAUCCCGCACAUCAUACACAGAGAUAUCAAGUCAAGCAACAUACUUUUGGAUCAAAACAUGGAUGCCCGAGUAUCCGACUUUGGAUUGGCAACACUCAUGGAACCAGACAAGACUCAUGUUUCAACAAUUGUGGCAGGCACAUUUGGAUACUUGGCUCCAGAAUACUUCGAUACCGGGCGAGCAACGGCGAAAGGAGAUGUCUACAGCUUUGGUGUAGUACUACUCGAGCUCUUAACAGGGAAAAAACCGACCGAUGAAGCAUUUAUGGAAGAGGGAACCAAACUUGUGAUGUGGGUGAAAACAGUUGUUCAGGAGAAAAGGGAAGAAUAUGUACUUGACAGUAGUUUGGUCUGUUGUCCGAUUGACGAAGUUAAUGGCGUAUUCAGCAUUGCAAUGAAGUGUCUUGAACCAGAACCCGCUCAGCGACCGACAAUGGCACAGGUUCUCAAAAUGCUUGAGCAGAUAAAGUUGAAUCGAAUUGUAACAUAUUCUUGAGUUGGCCCCUUUCUCCUACAUGUAUCAUAAUACACUUAUUUUGAUCUCUGAUUUGUAA